CUGUAAAGCCAGAGAGGGAGCAUCUUCUUCUUCUCACCUUUCCUGCGACCCAACUCCACCCACCCUGAAACCCCAUGUGUGAGUGGCCAUUUUCCAACCCACCAACGCCUUUUUCCACCUCAUUCAUACCCUCUUUCCCUCUCUACAAAAUCUAGCCACAGCUGGUGAUGGCAGCCACUGAGGAAUCAUCUCUUCCCGUUGAUUUUGAGGUGGAAAUGGCAGCCGUGGAGAACUCAUCUUCCUUUGAUUUCGAAGUAGAAAUUUCUGAAGAAGAAGGCAAGGAGGACAGCAGUUCCUCAGGCGGCAACCUCUUUUCUUCUUCAGGAGUAACGGGGAUUACUGACAGGAAUUUGCCCAGAGACAAUCCUAUUCGUCCGGAAACAUCAACUUCUGGAAAAUCAAAUUCAUCUUCAAGUCAGCUUACCAAUACUGAGACAUUGAGAAAGAAGAAGAGAUAUAGUCAAUUUCUAACAUUUAUGGAUGGGAAAGUUCCUAUUAGAAAGAUGAGGAAAUUAUUGAGAGAGCUUGCUACUGUUAAAGAUGGAACUGUCCGGUUUGAAGUACCAGAAGAUAUGAAAUCCCAAAGCCUUGAUUUUGGAGCAGGAGGUGCUUAUAAUGACAAUAUCAUUGAAGAACAUGUGGAUGCAAUAGACAAUCAUGUACCUCCACUUCAAAUAGUAAUGCUCAUUGUUGGAACACGAGGAGAUGUACAGCCAUUUGUUGCCAUUGGAAAAGGCUUACAGGCAUGUGGUCAUAGAGUCAGACUGGCAACUCAUUCUAAUUUCAAAGAAUUUGUCUUGAAUGCUGGGUUGGAGUUCUUCCAAUUAGGUGGAGAUCCAAAAGUUCUGGCUGGUUAUAUGGUCAAGAAUAAAGGCUUCUUACCAUCAGAUCCAUCAGAAAUACCAAUCCAGAGAGGUCAAAUUAAGGAGAUUGUAUGCUCUUUACUUCCAGCAUGUGUGGAAGACGAUCCUAUCUCGAAGGUUUCAUUUGAACCGGAUGCAAUAAUUGCUAAUCCCCCGGCAUAUGGACAUAUGCAUGUCGCGGAGGCACUAAAAGUACCAAUUCAUAUGUUUUUCACAAUGCCAUGGACGCCUACUAGUGAAUUCCCACAUCCUUUGUCUCGUAUCAAGCAAUCAAUUGGAUAUAGAAUUUCAUAUCAAAUUGUUGAUGCAAUGAUUUGGCUUGGGAUACGAGACAUUAUAAAUGAUUUUAGGAAGAAAAAGCUGAAGCUAAGACCUGUGACAUAUCUAAAAGGAUCAUAUAGCUCUCCUCAUGAUGUGCCUUAUGGAUAUCUCUGGAGUCCUCACCUUGUUCCUAAACCAAAAGAUUGGGGACAUAAUAUUGAUGUAGUUGGGUUUUGUUUCCUUGACCUGGCAUCAAAUUAUGUACCCCCAGAGUCACUUGUGGAAUGGCUUGACCUUGACAAUAAACCGAGGCCUAUCUAUAUUGGAUUUGGUAGUCUUCCCUUGCCAGAACCAAAGAAAAUGACGAAUGUAAUUGUUCAAGCUCUGCACAAAACUGGACAGAGAGGCAUCAUUAACAAAGGCUGGGGCGGUCUUGGGGACUUGGAUGGUUUAGACUUGGAUUUAUCAGAACAACAGCUAAAGGGCCUUGUAUGUGUACUGGACAAUUGCCCUCAUGAUUGGCUAUUCUUACAAUGCAGUGCUGUGGUGCAUCAUGGGGGUGCUGGAACAACUGCUGCUGGUCUUAGAGCUGCGUGUCCAACAACCAUUGUCCCUUUCUUUGGGGACCAGCCAUUCUGGGGAGAGCGGGUGCAUGCCAGGGGAGUAGGUCCAGCUCCCAUCCCAGUUGAUGAGUUUGGGCUUGAGAAGUUGGUUGAUGCAAUAUACUUCAUGCUAGAUACCGAGGUGAAAGAUCGUGCAUCUAAAUUGGCAGAAGCCAUGAAAGACGAGGAUGGGGUGACAGGUGCGGUGAACGCCUUCCACAAGCAUUUUCCUCGCGAAAAACCCGAGAAUGAGGUGGCUACUCCAUCAGGAUUAUGUUCUAUAACUCAAUGUUUUCGUGGCUUUUGAGCUUUCAAGCUGUUGUUUCAUCAACUUAAUUUUCUACCAUAAAUAUUUUUGUUCAAGAAUCAUAUUCCAUACGUCUUGUACCGUACCAUUGCCUAGUUUUUGCAUGUGACCCUGGAUUCCACUAAUUUUGUUAUGCAGAAAUGGCUUUGUUUUCUCCAUUGGAGAACAAAAGUUUUAUGAUCA